AUUGGAACGAUAAGAACGUGUAGCGAUAAGAGUCAUUAUAAGGCCUUGAAACAAACUGGAUGACAAGGGCUUAUGUCACUCGAUAUGACAAUGUUGCGUGGGCGUUUGUGACCGCGAGCGUCUUUGUAGUCUGUGUCAAUGCAGUUAUAAUGUCGCCGUGUGCUGCGGGUGGGAUUAGGGGUAUCAAGAGGCUGGUGACCACCAACCAAACUCACACGCAACGGCAGCGGGUUUUAACCACAGAAACAGGUCGUUUGGGCCGCUUCUUAUUGGACGACUACCACUGGUCUCCAUGGUCUCCGGACUCCCCCUGCGAUUGCUCCACAAACAUUCAGUACUUAAGUCGGUCAUGCCUUGAUGGUCAAGGACACUUCGUUCCGAAUAACUUCUGUGGGGAUAAUUACCAGCAAAAAAUGACCUGCAUCUGUAACGGACCUUCACCACAUAUGCCACAUGCGUGCGUAGAUCAGCUCCCAUCAUGCUUCGCUAUACUGUGUGCCACGGUACCGGGUUACGCCGAGCAAUAUUGUGCGUCCACGUGCGGUCAUUGUCAGUCGUCGACUCAGAGCACUCCAGGUGUACACUCGAAUGACCUCUGGUCGACAUGGACGGGAUUUACAGCGUGUUCUGUCACGUGUGGUCAGGGAUACAAACAGAGGUAUCGCAGGUGUAUGACAGGCAGCGGCUCGUGCUACGGUUCUUCGACUGAAAAUCAAAUGUGCGAUAUGGGACAAUGUCACGUGGACGGUCACUGGGGCCCGUGGUCGCCAUUUACCUCGUGUAGCCAUUCAUGCGGAACCGGUAUGAAGAUUCGCUCCCGCACCUGUUCGUACCCGAUACCGUCCGCCCCCGGGGCGCCCUGUCCUGGGGAUAGCUAUGACAGACAGGCGUGCAAUGUCCAAUCUUGCAUCAUUGACGGUCAGUGGAGCACAUGGACGGACUGGUCAAGGUGUUCGGUCACCUGCGGACUGGGAACGAUAUCACGUGAUCGAACUUGCACCGCUCCGGCGCCUUCGAAUGGUGGUCAAGACUGCUCAGGAGAGAAAACGCAAAGACACGACUGUGCGGACGGUGCUUGUGCAGAAUGGGGUCACUGGUUCGACGGAUCUUGUUCGGUCUCCUGCGGUGAAGGAAUACGUGAACGAUUACGUCACUGCAGCACCGGACGUGACAUAGACUGCCCUGGUACCGCUCAGGUUACUGUGAACUGUACCGCGCUAAUUUGCGUUUGAAUUUUAAAAAUAUGCAAAAUAAAUUGUAAACACACA